UUGAUUAUAUUGGGGUCAUUCUUGUUUUGUCGCGUCGCGUACUGUGUAGAUGGGGUGUCCCUCCCUUUCGUCUCGUAGCCUAAUUUAAUGGGUGCUUGCAUCGAAUAUUUUAACCUCGAAUAGUAGUGUUCGGGCAUUUCAUAUUGGAUUGUAAUGUUGCUAUAUAUAGAUAUUUCCCCCGCAGCAGUUGCGAUAUUUACCGACAGUUUGGUAUCCGCUAUAUCGUACAGUACGUGAACCUCACACUAAUGGCUGAUUCAGACAGCACCUCUACAUCUGAUCCCCAGCAGUACUGCCCACAAACACCUGUCUCACUACCUUUCCUGAGGGAGGGUAGUAAUGUGUUGCAGAGGAAACCGCUCCAGACAGGGGAGCCUCUCAGCCCACUGCCAACCAAGCGUACACGCACCUAUUCAGCAUCGGUGAGAGCCAAAUCUGGACCCGUCUUCAAAGGCAUUUGCAAACAAUUCUCAAGGUCACAAGGUCAUGGAUUCAUUCACCCCUCCCAUGGAGGAGAGGACAUAUUUGUUCACAUCUCAGAUAUUGAAGGUGAAUAUGUGCCAGUGGAGGGGGAUGAGAUGACCUACAAAGUGUGUCCCGUUCCUCCCAAGAACAUAAAAUUCCAAGCCGUUGAUGUGGUCAUCACCAACCUUAGUUCUGGAAGGAAGCAUGAGACCUGGUCUAGGCAAGUUAUCAGCUCCUAGCUCAGACUUUCAGUGUCCAGCAGAAGAAAAAAGCCAGAGAGGGAAGGAGACAUGAAGGAAUUGGUUAUGCAGAGCAAAGGAAAGUUUAAAGGUUAUGUAGUGCAAAAUAAAGUUGUUCAUGCAGGCGGAUAUAGAAGCUUAAAGUGGUGUCAUGUAUAUGUAGGAUAGGGAUGGAAUAGCAAUUACGGUUAUGCCACUGUUGUUUUCUCUAGUCUCUCAAAUAAGUGAUGAAGUUGGUGAAAGGUCUGUUUGGAACAAGGUUUGGGAUCUGAUUCAGCUGAGCUUUGAUGUAGCUUUGGCAGAAUAUGACAUAACUGUGACAAAACUUUGAAAUUGUAAUAUUUAUUUUCGUUUUAUGUAAAGAGACUUUUGAGUUAAUCGUGCAGUGUACAUUCAAGCAAUUUAGUUUAAACUGAUUUCAUAAUUUAAAUUAAUCCACAGCAAUGGAAACUAACAUUUCUGAAUUGCAAUUGAUAGGACUAGUUUUAGUUUUCUGUUGGAAAGCUACAAAUCCCAGAAUGAUGGUAAUGAAUUUUGUUGUAAAGAACAAUGGUUAUGAUUAUUCUAGUAAAAGUUUGAUCAUUAAUGCAGUGUUAUUUUCAAAAUGUCAUAUGCAUUUAAACUCUUGACACUUUUGUUCUUAUAAUUAUAGUAACAAAUUAUAGUAUUUUAGUUUUCUUUCAUUUUUUUAAUUUUCAUUUUUACCUGGAUUAAAUGUACUUAUGAGACUUUCAGUAAAAACAGGCCUAGUUUUGUUGUCUGGGACAUAUUUUAAAAUAAAUACCUUACAGAUUAUGCAAAUGAGUCCUUUAAACUGUGGUAUGUUUAUAUGUGUCUUUAAAGGUGAAUGCAGAAGUCGUGAAUUAAGAGAAUAAUAAUUAUGUCAGUCAUUUUUCAAAGGCUUUUAGGGUGUGACAUCUGUGUGCAGGACCACUAGAGGGAGCAGCACAACAUGAAAACACAAAAACUUGUGGUUUGGUGAAAAUCAUUGUCUGUAACAAUAAACUUGGAAGUAUU